AUGGCCAACAAAAACAGCGAAGACUACAGCGUGCUUCGGUGGGGCGUCGCUGGGGCGGGCAAAAUUAGCACCGACUUUGUCUGCGCCGUCAAUGCGGACUCGCCUGACAAGCACAAGUUUGUCGCCGUCGCCUCUCGCUCUCUGGAGACGGCCAGCAACUUUGCUUUUGCGCGGAAGAUUCCCACCGCCUACGGCAGCUAUCAGGAGCUGGCACAGGACACCAACGUGCAGAUCGUCUACAUUGGAAACCUCAACCCGGACCACUUCGAAACGGCGAAGCUCUUUCUGGAGCACGGCAAGCACGUACUGUUGGAGAAGCCGCUGACGAUGAAUGCGAAGCAAACGGCGGCCAUCACCGAACUAGCCAGAGAAAAGAACCUUCUUCUAAUGGAGGCUCUCUGGUCGCGCUUCUUGCCCGCCUACGUCUUUCUCGCCGAGCAGCUGAAGGCAAAAACGAUCGGCGAGAUCUACUCCGUGGAGGCGAGCUUCGGCUUCGCCAACCUCGAUGCGGUGGCCCGCGUCUCUGAGAAGAAGCUCGGCGGCGGGACCAUUCUCGACUUGGGCGUCUACACGCUGAACCUCAUUCAGAUGGCCUUCGGCAAUGAGCAGCCGGAGAAGGUGGCCGCCGUGGGCGCGCUAAACUCUAGCGGCGUCGACGCCAGCGUCGCCGCGGCCCUUUCCUACACCGGCGGCCGCUCCGCAGUGAUGCGCACCCAUUCGGUGGUGGAGAUGCCCAACACUGCGACGCUCAUCGGCACGAAGGGCACCAUCAGGCUGGAGAAGUACUUUCACUGCGCCCAGAAG